AUGAGACUGAUGGAAAAUAAAAAACUACCAUUCACCAAAAAACAACAGACACACCCAAAGUCCGUAUACGCCAGCACUGUCUCAUUAAUGUUUAGUCGAGUCAGAGAGCUGUGCACAGAAGAGAUCGAUCGAACAGCAGUUCAAAUCGAGAUUGCCAACAGAUUUCAAGAAAUUGUAUACCCGCGUAUACCGAGCCCCAGAUUUGUCCGCAGCAUGCCAGUGGCCGUUGGGGAUUAUUUGCGAGCCUACUUUACCCGAGAAGCGGAGGAACGUUUGCGGGAUACAAUCCCCGCAAAAAUCCGGGAACUUGAUGAUCUACUUCGAGAUCCUAUUUUUGACUUAAAUGCUGGUCUUAGAAACAUUCGGAUGAACGCGGAAGCAGAGAGUGCGAAACUUGAAGAGGCCUUGAAGAAUACGGACCCGAACCGCACUGUGCCUGUACAUCUACCCGUUGUCAACAAUGAAAUAAUGGAACAAGCGUACAUGUCCGUUCGUCCGUACAUUAUACAACUGAUUGAGGACACACAAAUUCUUCGUAUGUGGGUACAGUUGAACAUACCACGAAUCGAAGAUGGGAAUAAUUUUGGAGUCUCUGUCCAAGAGGAAGUUUUACUGGAAACAAGCAAAGCGGAAAUGGAUGCAAGUGCGAUGCUUGACUUUUUCGGGGACUAUCUAAUGUACCGCGCCAAGGUAGCGAGUAAAGUGUGUAAGUGGCCAACAAUCAAGGACUAUCGGCGAGCACUGUGCGAUACGGACGAAGGUGCUUACAUCCGUUUGCGCAUGAAUACACGCGAUAUAAGAAACCUUUAUAGUCGACUGUACGACGUCUACCAUAAAAACGCUCUGAAGCUAAGGUCUCCAAGAAAUGAAUCCGAGGGACAAGUUAACAUUAUGUAUUAA